AUGGAGCAGUUAUUUUACAUGUCAAACGCGUCAUUUUCCACGUCAAAUGCCCUAGUGAAACUAUCGAUCCUAUUACAAUACCUCCGGUUAUUCAAAGGCCGCAUGCGAAACCUCAGAGUUGCGACAACGAUGCUGAUUAUCAUCGUCUCGAUGUGGGGCUUCGCUUUCUCCUUCAUGGCGUGGUUCCCGUGCUUCCCAGUCCAGCAGUUCUAUCGUCUAGGUUCAGAAUCGAACUGCUACGGAUACGGCUCCACCAACUCGAUGGAAGUUUACAACGUAGUCGUGUCAUCUAAUGCGACAAAUAUGGCUUUGGACUUUAUCAUUCUUGUCCUGCCUAUCCCUCUUCUAUUUAGCGACGACACUAUUCGACGAACAAAGUUGGGCCUGAUGGGAUUACUGUUCAUCGGAGCAUUAAUCAACGUUAUAGCAGGAGGGCGCAUCGUCGCCAACAGGGCGACUUCAGAUCGAGAGCCCGAUCCGACGAAAUCAUUCCCGACAAUCAUAUUACUUGGAGAAACCGAGAACCGAUUAUCACUGGCGUUGGCAUCAAUCCCCGUGUUUUGGCCCGUCGUCACCAAGACAUGGAACAACUUUAUCUACGUUACGCGCGAGGUCAAGGUUGAGAGCACGUCAAGAGAGUUUCCGAAUCAGAUGGAAUUGGGUCGAAUCAGCCCGAGAGAUCAUCACGGUGGGAUGGCGCGCAUUACUACCGAAGACGAGACAACAGAAGCCGGGCUACGACACCCUGGUCGACUCGGUGAAAUGGACCGAUAUGUCAGGCAGCUGAUCAGUCCGUUUGCCGAGAAUCAAAAGGAAGAUUCUACUACCUUGACAACGGAACUUAAUCGUAGCUUUACAGAGGAGUUGGAAGGACAUAAUCUGGAUUUUGAGACCAUGCCGGAGAUGGCUAGAUUCAGGGAACCAUCGAUGAACGUUGAGUCACGGGGUCCUCCAAUAGCAGCAGGUGGACAAAGGGCAGGACAUGACCGGUUGAACGUACAUAACACAGAGAAUGUUUGA